AGACAAUUGGACUCUCCUCUGUACUAUAAAAUGCUUCUCUGGUAAUUAGGGUUUCUCUGCAUCUUACUCUGUUCUACCCCUUUCUCCAAGCACAAGCAAAGAAACAAACCAUGGCGGAAUCUCUGAUGUUUAGGGGGUUGAUGAAGGGUCACUCUGACAUGGUGACAGCGAUCGCUACUCCCAUCGACAACUCGGACAUGAUCGUCUCUUCGUCUCGUGACAAAUCAGUCCUUGUCUGGAACCUCACGAAGGACGAAAACCUCACGAAGGAGGAAAACACAUACGGUGUCCCUCGUCGCCGUCUCACUGGCCACUCUCACUUCGUCCAAGACGUCGUUCUCUCUUCCGACGGUCAGUUCGCUCUAUCUGGUUCCUGGGACGGUGAGCUCCGACUCUGGGACCUGAACACUGGUGUCACCACUCGCCGAUUUGUCGGACACACCAAGGAUGUCCUCUCCGUUGCAUUCUCCAUCGACAACCGGCAGAUCGUCUCUGCUUCCCGUGACCGAUCGAUCAAGCUUUGGAAUACACUCGGCGAAUGCAAGUAUACCAUUCAAGAUGAUAACAGCAGCCACACCAACUGGGUUAGCUGUGUGAGAUUCAGCCCUAACACUUUUCAGCCUACCAUCGUUUCUGGUUCUUGGGAUCGCACCGUGAAGGUCUGGAAUCUCACCAAUUGUAAGCUCCGCUGCACAUUGUCCGGUCAUGGUGGGUACGUGAACACAGUUGCCGUUUCGCCUGAUGGGUCUCUGUGUGCCAGUGGAGGGAAGGAUUGUGUGACGCUGCUAUGGGACUUGGCUGAGGGCAAGAGGCUUUAUUCGCUCGAUGCUGGGGCUAUUAUUCAUUCUCUAUGCUUCAGCCCGAAUAGGUAUUGGCUUUGCGCUGCAACUCAGGAGAGUGUUAAGAUUUGGGAUCUGGAGAGCAAGAGCAUCGUUCAGGACUUAAAACCAGAGCCAACCGCUAACAAGAAUCAGAUGUUGUAUUGCACCAGCUUGAGUUGGAGCGCAGAUGGAAGCACUUUGUUCACUGGUUACACAGAUGGUACAAUCAGGGUCUGGGGAAUCGGUCGCUUUUAGGAUCUCUCAUCAGUGGUUAGGCUUAUGAAAAUUCCUUUUUUUGUUUUGUUUUUAAGUUUCAGUCAAAAUUUUGGUUGGACAUUGAACAUUUAGGAAGAUUAUGAAUCUUUUUUUGGUUGAAUCUCUCGGCUUUAUACUGGUACAUUGGGAUGAUCAUAUUUAGAGAAUUUUGUUAUCUAGAGAAUUUAAGAGAUACAAUUGUUCAUGCAAUGUAUUCCUCCAAUAAUUGAUAUUUUGCUCACGGUGGUUUGAAAA